AUGGUGCUCCGCAUGGUGCUCCGCAUGGCGGGCACAGCGCUCUUCAUGGCUCGGGGCAUGGGGCCAUGCAAGCGGCACCAGGCUCAUCCCAGGCCUUUCGAUCUCAAGCAGCUGCACCGGCGCAACUUGGUGCAAGGAGAACGAGAGGUCUUGAAAUUGACUCGGGCGACACCAAAAGUUUCGGCAGAAGGAUAG